AUGGGAUGUGGUUCAUCUAUUGAAUGUUCUUCUCCAAGAUGUUAAGAAGCUAAAGGUUCAAGAUGUUAUAAGCAUUCUCAUAAUUAUUCUUGGUGGUGCAAAUACUGCAAAUAAGAAGAAGAUAAUUAUUUUAAAGAAAAUGAUUAAAGAAGGAGGUAAAUAUUAAUAUAAAUCAUUUUAGUGAAAAUGAACGAAGAUUAAAAUAGUAUGAGCAAGAACGAUUACAAAAAGAAAUAGCUGAAAAGGAACGAUAUAUUAGAGAAUAUAAAGAAAUAAUUAGAGAAAAAGAAAGAUGGUUGAACAAAAGAAUUUGA